GUUCAACCUGAAAAUCGACACCUAUCCAAACAAAGCAGCUUGGGAAAGAAGGAAGUGCCAGAACGCCCACUGAGUCACUGCACCCCUCUCUACCUGAAUAACGCGCACCUAUCCCACUGUCCCAAGUGCCCACAGUAUGCGUAGAAUCCCUCUUGACAGCAGGAACUGAGAACACAACUGGCAGCAGCCAGAUAUUUAGCCUAGCUCUUCAACACAGGGAGAGAAGAGGUCAGGAACCAGGGAUCAAUGUGCACAGAGAGACAUGAAUUCAGGAGACGACGAAUAUAAUUUUGUGUUCAAAGGUACGUCUUCUUCUUCUGGCAAUAUAUUUAAUGUGGGUCUUGCAAAGAAAUCUGUUCCAGGACCCUCCGGUGUGCAGUUAAGGGGGCACUCACACUUUAUUUGCAGGUGAAGAGUUAAUUAUGCUGGGUGGGUUACUUAUUAUUCUCUUAAGAUUUAGCGCACACCCAUUCUGUCAUUCCUUACCAAACUAGGAGGAGAGUAUAUUUUAAAAGAAGAAAAACUACCAUAACAAGAGGACAUAGUCUUAAAUUGGGAUAAAGGUUUAAAAAUAUCAGAAAGUAUUACUUUACUGAGAGGGUAGUGGAUGCAUGGAAUAGCCUUCCAGCUGAAGUGGUAGAGGUUAACACAGUGAGGGAGUUUAAGCAUGCGUGGGAUAGGCAUAAGGCUAUCCUAACUAUAAGAUAAGGCCAGGGACUAAUGAAAGUAUUUAGAAAAUUGGGCAGACUAGAUGGGCCGAAUGGUUCUUAUCUGCCAUCACAUUCUAUGUUUAAAUUAUCGUCCCAUCUUUGCUGCAGUAAGACUGUGGAUGUCAUGGUUUAGGUCUCAGUGAGUUAUAAUUCAGCGAUUUGCUAUCUACAAGUGGAAAGCUGACAACUGAACUACAACUCCCAAAAAUCUCUAAUGUGCCAUAAAACAGUUAGAUAAGCUAGUUUUUUUUUUAUUUUUUAAUAAAAUUCCAGUACAGUCGUAAGAUGUGUGUGAAGUAGCAAUGUAUGAUCUAAUUUAUCUCAUGUAAAUGCAGAUUUAUGGCAAAAUGUGGAAAAGGGUGAAGCAUCAAGCAACCUCCGCCUUCACAUUGUGCCAUUUCCCAUCAGCCAUCGUCGGUAGGACCAAAACCAGGUGUUUUAUACCACUCUAGCAUCUCAUUGCACUGGCGCAAGAUCACCUUUGGAAACACCAAUGAUGUGAUCUCCUGGUAGAUGCCUCUAUGAGAUGAAGACAGAAUGUGGUGGUGCUGAGCGGAGAGGUACACAUAACUAUAUUGUCCUCUCCUGCUCCCCCUGGUCACAACCAUGAAAGGAGACAGGUCACCAGGGGGUCCUCGUAACAAAUGCAAAAACCCCACGAGUAGCAGUUCACCUUUAAUGGUCCUAAAUAAAGUUACAUGGGCAGAGUCAUUGGCAGAGUCACUUCCUGGUUUGGUCAGCCCUUACUGUAGAAGCUGCAAAAGCUAAGGUCCUGCAGCAAAUGCUGGAGCUUCAAAUCUGAGCGCAUAUUUAUUUUAAUUUUAUUUUUCUCAAAUGGAUUUUUAAUGCAUUAUAUAAUGCAUCAAAAUAACGGAUCGUCUGUUUUGAACUCUGGUGUUUAAGUGGAUCCAGGGUCCGUUUACAAUUUACAAUAAGUUGAUGCAUUGUUUAGUAAUGCAACGAGGCCUAGCUAUUCUCAAACAAGGAGUUCAUUAUUCAGAAAGUUUAAGAUUUGCAACUUUAUCAGAUCACACAUCAAGACGGAGUUGAGGAAAAAAAAAACAGCUUUUGUACAUUUCCCCACGUCCCUUCACCACACCUUCACUGCACGUCAUAUAUUGCUUUAUGAAUCAAUGCUGUUUCAGGAGACCUUCCCAUAGCUGUGGGUUGUAUGCAGUUACAUAUAAUUAAACACAGGCUGACACUUUAAUCACAUGUUAAUGUUGCAAGAGACUCUAAAAGCCGUAACAGCUCAUUUUCCUAACUGUUAUUUAACUACAACUCUCAAGAUUCUUAGCCAACCAAGAGGUAGCUGAGGAUCAUGGUAGUUAUUCAGGUACCGGGUUUAUUCUGUGCGAUGUCCUCAGAAAUAGGGCUAUGUAUUAAUUUUUUUUUUUUUAUAGGGAUUUUCCAGUUUGCGUCUUUUCCCUUGUAUGUGCAAACAUAUUUCAUUCAAAAUGCAUAAACAAAAAGAGGUACAAGCGUUCGCCUUUUCGGACAAAUGUUUCCACCAACGCCGGUGUGACUAUUUUCUGAGAUUGGUACCUAUCUUGCAUGGUCUUCCUUUUUGCUUAAGGAAUAAAUAUCCUUCAGAUUACAAAUAUAGUUAGAUUAUAACUUGUUUUAUUUUGUGAGUAUACUCACGAAAUCUCAGGGUAAGAAAAAAGUGCAAAUUUUCUUGAAGAGGAACAAAAUGUGGCAAAAUGAUAGUUUAUUAGUGAAAAGGCAGGGAAAAGUCUCCAUUGUUUAACUUUAGAGUAUUUGUUUUAUACAUAAGGAAAAAGGUGCGUGCGCGCAAAACCAGUGCGAAAAUGUUUCUAUAUAACCUACAAUAUGUCUGAUAGCAGCUGAAGACUGACUGCAAGGUAAUAGUUACACAGCUAAUGGUCCGCACCCGUACGGCCAACCCACGCUUGCAGGACUUCUCGCGGGCGGCUCCCUUCCUAUGGAAUAGCCUGCCUACCGCCAUCAGACUCUCCCCUAGUCUUGCAUCUUUUAAGAAGUGCCUUAAAACCCAUCUCUUUAGGAAAGCUUAUGGCCUCCAAGACUAACCUCUACCUCACAUACCUGUCUCUUGCUCUCUCCUAAAGGGCAGCCCACCUUAUUUGACUGCAAAUUCCUGUCCUAAUGUGUUUUACACCCCACCUCCUAUAGAAUGUAAGCUUGAUUGAGCAGGGUCCUCUUCAACCUAUUGUUCCCAUAAGUUGUGUUUUUUGUUUUUUUUUUUUUGUUUUUUUUUUGUAAUUGUCCUAUUUAUAGUUAAAUCCCCCCUCUCAUAAUAUUGUAAAGCGCUGCGGAAUCUGUUGGCGUUAUAUAAAUGGCAAUAAUAAUAAAAACACUUUGUUCCUCUCUCUGCAUAUCAUAAAAUGGAAAGCUGCCAUUUUAAUUUAAUUUAAUUUAGUGUCUAGUAAAUUAAACACUGGGCGUUUUUGUAUGGUCGUGCCACGUAGGUGUAAUUCUGUUCAGAGUAGGUACGAAAUUCACAUGUAUGUAUAAUGAUACUAUAACAGGGUGGAUUAAAUAUCUAUUUUAAAUCAUUAAAGUAGUUAUGGUAACAUGCGCUGAACAGUGCCGCUGAUCCACAACCACAACAUGCACGCCCUGCGCUGUUCAGAAGGAAGUUGACAAUACGCAGUGACCUAUAGCCAAAUGCACUUAUGCUUUGUCUAUAGUAAACUUGUCACCUGGAAAACCAGGCAAACAUUCAUGGAGCGUAAAAAAUCUUUAUCUGUUGUGUAAACGGCUCAAGCCCGGUUCACUGGUCCUUUUAGGAUAUUCUAUUAACACAUUUCCGUUAUCCCAAAUUUUUACUUUGUCGUGAUAUCUCCCAGAUUGCAUUUAACCUCGUUAAGAUAAAAUCUCAGCACCAUGCGUCCUUACUUAGCAAGUUAAAAGUUCACUGUAUUUCUCAUUUUUUAAUCUUUGUAAGUUGUCUUGAAAACUGUUGCAAGACUCAAAGGACAGGAUUUAAAAAAAAAAAAUAAUAAUAAUAAUUUAAAAAAUUGAAUGUUUCAUUUUUUAUUUUUUUUAUCUUUGCCUUUAGGGUUCAUUCAUAGUGAACUAAAUUAAAAACCUAAUUGCAAAAGCUAUGCUCGAAAAGCCGCGCUGGGGAAAAACCCUCCAUUUCAUCUGUUUACCCCCUUCUUAGCAAUUUAAAAAAAAUUCUAUUUAAAUUCCCCACAAAUAACUGUUCGGUGAAUAAGCCCUGAAAUGGUCCUCGACGGGUGGGGUGUCACAUCAUUUAAUGUAUUCCGUAGAUUUGCCACAAAACGUCACUGCAACUAUCUAUUUCACAUGAGGUCUUCGCAUGACAGCGCCACUGAAUAUUAAAUGGGUUUAUUCAAUAUUUAAUUAGUUCAGCCAUUUUAUUUAUUUAUUUUGACUGCUGGGAGCUGCCUGAAGGCCCUUCAUGCUGGGCCAUGCAAGCAGUAUAUUGUGGGGUAGUCAUAGUUUCAUUGUGACCAUCAGUGUGGUACGUAUGUAUCCUGAGGUUCUACAGAUUAUUAAAUAUAAAUAACUUUGCUUUUAAACUCUCACAAAACUCCAUUAUCUGUCAUGACAAGUGAUUGAUUUCUGUUUUUUUUGUGGAGGGGGUGUCACUUGUACAUAAUACAGUAGUGUGUGUACGGUAUUGAUAUCAAUUCAUGUUCUCAAACCAUCAUUGCUUUUGCGUUCACCAACUGUUACUCCUCCUACGGUGCACCAUUUUCUGUAGGUUGAAAGGGUCAAGCUGAUCAUAUACUUAUUGCAUUGUCUAUUAUUUCAUUGUGAGAAAGUGUGAUGUUUGUUGUGACAGCACUACAUCGCGUGUUUAUGUACAAAUACUCCUUGACUUAUAACGUCCUCCCAAGGGGCGAGUAGUGAGAAAGACGAUAUUCUGGAUCAGUAACUGGGGCGUUAAGGGUCAGUCUAUCUGCUAAACAGUAUCUCAAAGCGGCAUCUUGGUUUCCAGGGAUUUCAAGGUUAAUGUUGCACACUGCACCCUGAACCUGCCCUCCGCUCUGAGAUAUUCUUAGAAUUGCAUUCAUUUUGUAAAUGCACAUAGCUAUAAGCCAGCCCUAUCAGAGCUGUCAAUCAGGCAGGCGUAAUAAUACAGGCCGCCUGAAAUAAAUUUUGUCCAAUGUGUCUGCGCACCCAAAGGCAUAGCUAGGUUCUAGAAAUACCUGGAGCUUCAGCCCAACGGGGAAAAAUUUAUGGCCCUUACUGCAACAGGGAGGUGGCGAUAUGUCAUGAUUAAUCCCUUCUGCUCUAUCCAUAAACGGCUAGUUCUCGGCAUUUUCCACGCUCUCCAUAAAAGCAGGGAUGUGCAGCAAAGUUAUGUUCUCCAGUCUGGCAGAGCACAACCAUCACGAUUUUGGUGGGACAGUCCCAAACUUGGGGUCCUGUCCUAAGUUCUGCUCAUUGGAGACACUAUUAAACGGUCCCAAAAAGCCUAGCACUCAUGCUAUGCUCAAGGUAUUAGGACACUGCACUGAGACUGAUGUAAAAUAAAAAAAAAACAUUAAUAUCCCCAACUAUAGAGAUCUGGGGUUGACGAGCUGACCAAAUGUCACCACCUUCCUGGAGAGAGAGAGGGCUGUGUGUAAAUGGAUUGACUUCCCCUUGUGCGGGUUGAGGGCCUACAGAAAGACCUACUGAGCAAUGCUCCUGACAGACACUUGGAAGGUGUGCAUUUUUAUUAAUUCAAAGCUUUAUCUACGUUCUGGGAGGUCAUCGUUUCCCUUUAAAUAAAAGCAGUAUUGGGUUGCGUCAGUGUGUCUUUAAGCCUCAUUUUUGCUUAAUGGGAGAUUUGACUUGUUUUAGAAGGGUCAGGGUAGCCAAUUCUGGAUUUCACUUGAAGUGUAACAGGACAUUAUGUACAGCUCUGUUUUAAUUAUGAAAUAAAUGCUUUAACCUCUUAAGGACAGAGGCGAUUGUACAAGUUCUGACCAAAACAAAACCUAGCAUUUGCUCUACAAGUCUGUUUAACCAUAAUUUAGCUCUUUAAUAUGAAGUACACCCACACUUAUUAUAUAUCAUUUUGUUUAGGAUAUACAGAGCUUCCAUUUCACAUCAAAUAUUCAUAUAGGAAACCUAAUUUAAUAUGAAUAAAAAAAAAUUAAGUCAUUAAGAAAUGUUGUUUUUCAAGUUCUGCAUGGCAUUAUACUGCUGUACUAUGACAUUCAAGCCAUCCUUUUGAUCCUGGCAUAGCACGCCCUAACAGCGUUAAUGGGUUAAAGCGUUACUCCAACCCUUAAAAGAAUAAAAAUGAAUGUCACCACCUCUCGAUUACUAUAAAUAUAGUUUUAAAACUAAGUUGUGUUUGUGUUUUAUUUAUUUUUUUACCUGGAAACCCUAAGCUGGGCAAAGCACGCCGCACCCCCCCCCCAUCCCCACCGGAAGUCACGGCAGCUGACAUGCACCCAAUCUUAAACUUCUCAUAGAGAUUGAUUGGACCAUUUAUCCAGCUCAGUGUGUCUGAGGGUGCUGUGAGCUGGCAAGAGGAUGAGCGAGGGAGGGAGUUUAUAAUAUUUGAAUGUAUGGGAUCGGGAGGUGGGGAAGACUGCGGGGAGGCAGGGGACACACCAGAAUCUCCUUGCAGACAGCGAUAACAUUACAUCUGUCGCAGUGCACACUGAUGACAAACUUAAAAUAUGCACAGAAUUGACAAUGGCAGUCCACAACAGGGCUUUGUACUGCCACUGUCACAUGUACUGGAGGUGCAACCAGCCUUCUUCAAUCUAAAACUCUGUACAUAGUCUCCUAUCACCAUGACCACUUAAAAAAAAAAAACAGUAGUGGUUAUGGUGGUUGGAGCAACCCUUUAAGUUUAAACACUGACCAGCACCGAACUAAAAUAAUGUGGCUGAUUACAAUGGAGACUUGCAUUUAAAACGUACAAGGAUCCCAAUAUUUGACAAUAUACUAAAGUAUGACACCUACCCCUAUACUAUCGGCUAGUGGUGACCAAACAGGUAGAUCCUCAGAUGUCUUAGAACUGCUCCUAUGAUGAAAUGCUAGACAUUUAUGCUUGUGGUGAGUACAUAACCCUUACCCAGAAUCCUUUGCGUCAUGGCCAACUUCACACACUGGCUGUAGGACAUCUGGCACAGAAUGAAUGGCAAAGGGACGGCUGAAGUCUGUGGCUAUGUAUGAAAACAAAACGCUGCCUUGUCUUCCUGCAGCUUGUUGCUUUUCCUACACAAAAAGCCCCUUCAGGGAGAACUGGUUGCAGAACCUAAAUAUUUUAACCUGUUCACUGCUGGAAAGGGGGGAGCUGUGUGCAUACCCUGAGUUUAAAGCAGAAUAUUUCUAAUUGCAUUUAAAUUGAGUAAAUAUUGCGAAACUAACAACGUGACGGACGCUUGAAGACAAAGUCCAAUCUCCAUAGAGAAUUUUUGGCUCUCUGAUUACCGCCUGGUGAGGGAUGCAAGAUCAGCUGCAUCUCACACAAACUGGCUUCUGUUUGCUGCGGAUCAUUAACCCCUUCAAUGCCAGCGUGGUGUGCAAAGACUGGAUGAGAGUGAUAGGAGUUGCAGCCUGCACCAUUGUGAAUUCAUGUACUCCUUCCCCGUAAUACCGAAUAAAUCCGUAAAUCGGGAGAUUCAAAGUAACCAUGCGUAUGUACUGCAAGAUUGCAAAAAUCUUACAAACCUCAACGGAAAGUCCAGCCUCGCAUAAUAUGAAUUCAAGUAUGGAGUCUGCUGACCAUUUAAAUUUAAACUUUUCUAAAUUUUCCAUUAAGUCCAAAAAUGUAUCUUGCGUAUAGGGUUUUUUUAAACGCAUAUCCGGAUACCGACAUGAUUAAAUAAAUUAUUUUAUGCCAAUUAAGACUCUGGCUAGCUACAGAUCACACAGAUAAAAAUUAAGAAUUUGGGGCCCAACGAUACUGGGGUACUCUGUAAAUCGUGGUUAAAAUAAAACACAAUAUUUUGUACAAGACAGUUGAUUUUUUUUAAAUCGCCAGGAAAGAUUUGUAUGAAGACAUUUUUAUAAAACCUUUUCUGUGUUUGCAAGGUACUAAGUGUGUGUUGUGUGUUUUGUCCACAAUAUCUAUACAAAAAUAGAAUGGGACACUGCAAUGCGAAAAACAAGCUAACAAGCAAAUCUUUUCCAUACGGGGAGAGAAAUGAGUCACAGUAUCAAACAUUAAAAUGCUGUCCGAGGCUGACUAAUUUUUGUCCACAAGGCGUGAUGCAAUGAUGCUAAAAAGGAAAUAGCCCCAGAAUCUGAUAAACUGAGUUACAGGAUGCAUCUGCUUAAAUACAAUAUUUUAAAAUGCUGUAUACCAAAUCUGAAUAGAACCCCAGAUAAAAUGCACUUCUGAGUAUUUCAUGAAUAUAAAACCUCUAUGAGAUACCCAUACUAGCUGUUUCGUAUUUUUUUUAUUCAAAACUGCUGCUAGAUCCCAGGCUGUGCCGAAUCUGUUCUGAGUUCCUUUCAAACCAGAAAUUGAUAUGAAAUGUAUUUAUCAUUCUAUAGCACGAUUUAUUUAGCUUAUUUAAUAAGCAGUGCGUUAUGGAAAUAGCAUUUAGUUCAAUUGUCAACUUGCUAGUGCUGUAAGCAAUAAACUGGUGAACUGCAACUCCCAGAAAUCUAAGGCCGGGUCUCAUAUAUAGCAGUAUUUUUGGGAUGAAAAGGGAAACACUGCAGGUUGGGAGGAAGUGGUAGAAAGGGUGGGCUUUCUAACGAAUUCUGACACGCUCAGAUAAUUUUAUUAUGCAAAUAAUUUGAUGUGAUCCUAACCGAAUGGCACAGAAAGCACACACAAAGGAAAAAAACAGACAAACAAUUGAUUUUAUAAAAAAAAAAUUAGGGAGAGCUAUUUACUUGUUUUCUUCUGACGGUGACCCCCAGCUCUCAUUGUCAUUGUUUCUGUAAGCCAGAUUUUGAAAAAUGCUUCUUUCCUGCAAGUCAUUGACUGUUCCGUUUUCCGUCUUCCCACAGUGGUCCUUAUUGGAGAAUCUGGAGUGGGUAAAACUAACCUCCUCUCUCGCUUUACAAGAAAUGAGUUUAACCAUGACAGCCGUACCACCAUUGGAGUGGAAUUCUCCACUCGCACGUUGACUGUUGAUGGACAUCUGGUGAAGGCCCAGAUUUGGGACACGGCGGGCCUGGAACGGUACAGAGCUAUCACAUCUGCGUAAGUAUGAAAGCCAUAAUGUCCCCUGUAUUGAUUAAUUGCUGGAUGUAACCACACACAGACCUGAAAAAGGGUCAAUGUGUACUGGUUUAAAAAACAAGUUACUGACAGGCUGAAGACCAGAGACCGAGCAGGAGGAUACAAAGCGUAAGUAAACUUAUUUUGUGAGUGAGGGUGAGCAAGAGAGAGUAAGUGAGUGGGGGUGGGAGUGAGUGAUAUAUAGAGAGUGAGUGUGUAUGUUUAACAAUAUUUAUUUAAAAUGUGUGUUUUGUAUACAUACACUAUAUAUAGAGAUAUCUCUAUAGUGUUUGCAUACAAACUUUUUUGGCUUAGGAGGGGAGCGGACAUAGACAGCAAACAGAGCUCAGCUCGUGAACGCACAUGCGCUGUAGAGCACUCAGAACCUGAUUGGUGCAGCGCGAAGCCGUGCAUGCGCACCAGAGAGCAAUGACUCUCAAAGAGAAGCGUCUGAUUGGCCCUGCGAUUUAGUCAUUUUGUCUAAAAAGGGCGCGUGGCCUGACAAGGAGCUCGGCGCUGGAGCGGAGGUAAGUUUUAAUGAUAAGGGCUCGAAUAAAAAAUGUUUUAAGGUCAAACUAAUAUAAAAGCAAGAAAGAAGGCUAUGGCUGUCUUUCUUGCUUUUAUAUGUUGACUAUAGUGAUCCUUUAGAGUCUUAUCCACUUUAAUAUUUGAUAUAUAUAUAUAUAUAUAUAUAUAUAUAUAUAUAUAAUUAUAAUAUCUCAAUUUAAAAUUCUGGUUCUUGCCUUCAAAUCUCUACAUAAUGCUGCUCCCACCUAUCCAUCCUCCCUUUUACACAAGUAUGUCCCGUCUAGGCCCUUACGAUCUGCUGAAGACUUACGUCUAUCUUCUGUCCGUACUCCCACCUCUGAUGCUCGCCUUCAAGAUUUCUCAAGGGCUGCACCGUUCCUGUGGAACUCGCUUCCCUCCUCCGUUAGAUGCUCACUCAGUCUCCACUCCUUCAAAAAAUCGUUAAAAACCCACUUCUUCAUAAAAGCGUAUCAAUUAAACUGUUAAUAGCUCCUGACUGAUUCCUCUUCUGCAACUGUCACUAGUCUAAUACUAUCCUUACUUUUUUGUGUCAUUUUACCCCACUCCCUCUAGCAUGUAAGCUCAUUGAGCAGGGCCCUCAACCCCUCUGUUCCUGUGUGUCCAACUUGUCUGGUUACAACUACAUGUCUGUUCGUCCACCCAUUGUAAAGUGCUGCAGAAUAUUAUAAAUAUAAUAAUAAAAUAUAUAAUUUUUUUCUGGCUAUAUUUUAUAAUUCAAAUAGUGACAAACUGUUAAUGUUACCAGGAAAAAGAAGGCCCAUUAACAAUUUUUUGAAAUAAUUUUGUAUGUUAAAGUGGAAUGUCUCCUUACCUGUCAUAGAAAAGCCAUCAUGGCGGUUAACAAAUUUUGUUGAAAAGCAAAUGUGCACUUUUUCUCCUCACUUUAUUAUUAGGAGAAAAACUAGAAUGGGGAAAUAAAAUUACAGAAGAGGUGCAGUAAGGAGUAUUGUGACGCAAAUUGAAAACUAUCAGGUGUUUAAAAAAACAAACAAAAAAAAAAACCCAGUGGAACCCAAACAUUUUUGAUAUAAACUCCCAUAAUGCUGCCUUGGUCACGAUACAUUCUAUCUUCUCCACCAAGGCAUCACCUUGUGAAGCCAUGGCCCCAAAAUCCACCUCUUUUACUGUGCCUGCCCUCCAUCCUUUCCUUUCAUUAUGUUUUACUUGUUGUCUAUGCUAACCUGACGCCUCAUUCUAGGUAUUAUCGGGGAGCAGUCGGAGCUCUCCUGGUCUAUGACAUUACCAAGCACCAGACGUAUGACAGUGUUGAGCGGUGGCUGAAGGAGCUGUAUGACCACGCCGAUGCCAGCAUUGUGGUAAUGUUGGUCGGCAACAAGUGUGAUCUGGCAGAGGCCUCACGGGAGGUACCUUCAGAGGAAGCCAAGAUGUACGCAGGUAAACACUACAUGGACAUCCGAUUGCAGUACUAUCACUGUUUGUUUGAUCCUGGACACUGCUAGGUCCCUACUGGAUAAAUGAACAGACACUAAAUUAACACAAAAUAUUAUGGGCUAUGGAGAUCUGAUUCGCCAUUUUUGUUGUUCUCACAAGAUGUAAUUAUAGAGGCUCAGGGGUUAAAUAAUGAUCUAAUAUCAAUAAUACAUUUAAAAAUGACUUGAUCUUUCUUAAAAUAAGGAACAUCCACUAUAUCGAGCAGAACAGAAUAAGAUGACCGGUAGUUGCAUAAUGGGCAAACCAGUUUGUCAGAAUACAUGUUUGAGAGUAAAAAACGUAGGUCUAUGGAACCCUAAGUAAAGCUUCUGGAACAAAGCAUGACUUGGUUCUUUUUUUCCCCAACGGUUUCGGGAAUCUCGCACUUACCCAUAAAACAAAGUAAUCCCUGCUUUGUCUUAUAAUAUCUUUCUGUUAAUACUUUGUGAAAUUCUGAUCUAAUUGGAGCAUGGAGUGGAGCUUAAAGAAUUGUAUAAAAGCCGUGCUUUUUAGUAAGGACAUAGACGGAUGUGAUGCAAUAAGCAAAAGUGAAGAAUGUACUCCAGAUAAUUCCAUACUAAGCUUCAGGGGCGAACCUAGAACAUUUGGCACCCGGGGCGGAUCCUGUAUUCGGCACCCCUCUUUAAAAUGUAAAAAACACCCACAAAUGUUUAACAACAAUAUUUAUUGUACAAACUUGUAAAUUGUAUAUCAACACUAGAACUAUGAAAAAUGUAUUAACUUAGAAAAAAAAAACAUUGUCCUCCCCCAUUAUACAAACCCCCUGUCCUUCCCUCUUAUACUAAACCCCUGCACACCCGUCCAAAAAACCCUGCCCCCCUUUCCACAAAAAACCCUGCCCCCUCAUACAAAACCCCUGCCCUUCCCCAUUCUACAAAAAUCCUGUCCUGUCACCUUAUACAAAACCCUUCACCAAAAAACCCUGUACCCCCUUCCAUAAACUUAAUGCACCCCACACACAUAAAAAAAACCCUCCUUCACAUCAAAUUCAUACCCCCCUCCUUCGCAUCAAAUUCAUACCCCCCUCCUUCACAUAAAGUUAAUACACCCCUGUCCCUUUCACAUAAAUAUCCUCUACUCACGAUUGAGGAUGACUUAAAUUGUGCUCUGCUUUGCUCCGGCCUCAGGCAAAGAACCCUACUGCCGCCGCCGUGCUGCCCUCAAGUCAGCUCGGAUCCUUCUGCUGCUGUAGAUCCGUGAAGGCGGACAGGCGUCGAUGCACAUUGGCGUGAUGUUGCGCAUCUCAACAUUCCUCCUCCCCCUGCUCCUCCACAUUACUGCAGUAUAAUGCAGGCUGACGGCCGUCGCCCACACUAUAAGAAUGUAUAGGAGGUGACUCAUAACACUGACAGUCAUGGCACCCCCCCAAUGAGUGGCACCUGUGGCGGACCGCCCCUCCCCCCCCCCAUUAUGAUGGCGGAGCUUUCCAAGUACCUGUUGAUUUGAGUAUAAAUAAUAUGUACCUACCCAUCACAGGGCAAUAAUCACAUUGUAUUGUUCUCUUAACAGAUGGCAAUGGAUUGCUGUUUAUCGAAACAUCAGCGCUUGAUUCAACCAAUGUGGAAGUAGCAUUUGAAACUAUCCUGAGGGGUGAGGAUCAUACUGGCCAGAAAACCUACUUUUUAAUUUUAUUUAAAAAAAAAUGUAUGCCAAUGAUGUCUGGGGCGGGAGACAUUUCAGAAAACCCGAACAUUUAUGGUUUUUCUGUUGGAAAAAGUGGCAGAAUUUUUCUUAAAUCGACUGUCUGUGAAAAAAAUGGAAUGUAAUAAAAAAUGAUGUUUAGCGUGCAAAAAAAGGAACCGAUGAGCGAAAAUUUCAUAAAUUAUGUCAAUUAUCCAAACAUUUGGCAAAAAACGGUGACACAAUGCUUUUAAGCAUUAUAAAUAAAAGAUAACUUUUUCAAUUUUUUAUUUUUAAAAAAUGGUUGUAUUACAUACCCUAAUCACCUAAUGAGAGAGUAUAGAAUCUCAUGUUUCCAUCACUCACUUUUUUUUUUAUUAAUCUCCUAGAUGUGUACCAGAAGGUUUUAAAGAGUAAAGGAGGCACUCCAAAGGACUCCACCGUCGUACUGUCUAAGGAGGAGUCUCCAAAUCAGUCUGCAGCCCCUCCGUCAGGAGCCGGUCAAUCCUGCUGUAGAAAUAUCUAAGGAAUGGCACCCUUUAGGAAAUGUACCAUCUAACAAACCAGUACCAUAGUCCACCAGGCUCGAGUGGUCAUGAGCUAUGAUGUUCUGAGAGACUGACUGUCUAAGUGUUGUGACUUGGAAGACCAUGCAAGGUUUAUCGUGGUAUACCAAAGCUUCUAUGCAACUGCCAUAUACUUUUAGACCAAAGAUACUCCGAGAGGGAAAUUGUACUAAGUCAGAACUGUGUACACCAUAAUCCCGUGUUCUAAACCAUCAAAAAUGGUGGAUCUUAUAGUGAAUGUUUUGCAUACACUCUUUGUUGUCCUUCUUUGCGGCUUUUAAUGUGCACUGUGUUCAAAUAUUUCUUCCCUGGUCAAAACUAAAAUGUCCGCCUCCAUUAUGCCUUUUUUAUUUUCACACCUCUUUCUUAAAGUCUCAGUUUCAGCUUUGAAGAGUCGAUGGUAUGACUUUGGGAGAGAGCAGAAGGUAUACUUGAGGUAGUUGAAAAGUAAUUAUUUCAAUUUCCUAACUCCAUCAAAACUGUAAAGUUAAAUGCGCUUCCACAGUUGUCAUUGGUUUGUGUGUUGAAAUGACAACAGUUAGUUUGUAAAUUGUUUUAUUUAAGUUUUGUGAUCUGAAUGAAGAAAAUUAAGAUAAACAAACAAAAUAGAGCCCAAUUAUUAUAAAUUAAAGAAAAAAAAAAAAGGCAAAUACUGAAAGAAUAUCUAAAGAACCGUUUUCUAGCCCAUGAAGAGAAGCAACUCCAACCCGCGCUCUGUUUCAGUCACUGCCAAAUUAAACUGUUCCCUAAGUUGGGAGCUCCAAUGGAGCCUUGGCUGAGGAGCUCCACUAGGGUAAGAACUAUUUGAACAUAUGAUGGUGGCAGGUGAAGCUGUUAAUGUACUUUAACAUCUGCCUUAACUAAAGCUGGAUGAAAGGGGUUUUAGUGAUUUGAUUUAGCUAAGGUUUUUAAGAUAAAAAUGAGCAUAGCGUAUUUCCAUUUAAACCAGCAAAAGAACGAGUGAGUUUGUUGAUUUUGAGACCCUAAAUUUAGUUUGUCCCAUAGAGAGUAGGGUCUAAGUCUACUCUCUCAUUUUGCCACUGUAAGAUUAAGCAAUUCCAAACUGCUUUAAAAAAUAAACUACAUCUAAAAAUAGUACACUAAACCUGGAGAGGUCAGUGGCACCGACUGUACUUAUUUAGUUUCUGAAAAUGUUAUUUUAGAUUAUACAUUUUUUUUUGCAUAUUUUAAAUUAACCUUUUAAAGGGAAGUCUUUUUUUAUUGGGAGCUGAAAACCGCUAGUGAAAGCUGCAGCUCUCUUGUCUGCAGCAAUUGCAGCCCUCCCCUUCUAACCCCGCCCAGCCUUUCUGUGGCUGUCCAAUCACAGACUUCCCAAUGCAGCUCAAUGAGAAGUCUUUGUAAGGCAGGUUCUCUGGGCAAUUGCUGCCUCUAAGUUUAGCUUCACGGAGUUAAACAACCCAGGAAGUAACAGGACUGGUUUUAUGGUCGACAGCCAGGGGUGUAACAAGUGCCAAUUUCUACUAAAAUCCUUACUGUUUUGUAAAAUGGGAAUACGCUGAGUGGCCUGUGAAGUGUACCUUUUAGUUUAAAGUACACUAUAGUUUCCUCUCUUUUUGCUCUGACAGUUUUAUGUAUAAAAGGGUAACUUGUUAUAUGCUGGUUUGAUACAUUUUAACAAUAUUUUUCCAAGUGGGCUUAUAAAGCACAGUUGGAGCCAACAGCUCAUUCUGAAACCUCAAAUAUAAAAAUUAGCAGCUAACCCUACAUUAGGUCAAAGGUAGCCUAAGAGUUGUGGAACUUUAAAGGGACACUACAAUCACCAAAACAACUUUAGCUUAAUGAAGCAGUUUUGGUGUAUAGAUCAUGUCCCUGCAGUUUCACUGCUCCAUUCUCUGCCAUUUAAGAGUUAAAUUACUUUUCAGUGUAAUUGGUUUAAACCACUGUUUAUGCAGCCCUAGUCACACUUCCCAGCAUGUGACUUACAAAGCCUUCCUAAACACUUCCUGUAAAGAGUAAUCUAAUUUUUCACUUCCUUUAUUGCACAUUGUUUUAUUUGGAAUGUUGUAUCUCCUGCUAUGUUAAUAGCUUGCUUGACCCUGCAGGAACCUCCUGGUGUGAUUACAGUUCAAUUUUUUUAGAGCAGUAGAUACUGACUAACCAAGAUGUAACUAAUGUGUUACAUCUGAUUAAAAAUGAGACAAUUUUUAAAAAUUUUUUAUUGGGGGCCGAGUCAGUCACAGCCAGGGUACGUGUGGCUAUGGCUGCAGAAACAAAAGUGAUUUAACUCCUAAAUGGCAGAGAAUUGGGCAGUAAAACUUCAGAAGCACAAUCUGUACACAAAAACGGCUUCAUUGAACUAAACUUGUUUUGGUGACUAUAGUGUCCCUUUAAAGGUAAACAAAACCAGGAGAGGGAAUUUUAUUGGCUGCAGAUAAUGUUGAGCUCCUUAAAUUAUUUGGCCCUUACUAUUACGGUUUAAUUAUUAAGCCUAUUUCUAUUUUUAGGAUGCGUUAAAAGGUAGAAGGAAGUAAUAUUUCCCCACUGGACCAUAAACAUAACACAGAGCUUGUUUUUUUGUAUUGUGAUUUCCAAUUCAAAUUCUGCUAGCCUCACUGCUUUUUACACAAUUUUUAUUAAUCUCAAGAUUUCUGAUUGACAUGCACUAUCAUUAUUUUUGAAUAAAACAAGGGAGAAUUUUGAACAGAAACCUGUGUGUUGUAAAAUAACAGAUUUAUUAAAAAAUAAUAUACAAAUAUAGGUUGGCCUUGACGGAACUGAUUGUUAAAUUUCAGAAGGCUUUUUACAUUACAUUUGUUUUUACAAAGCAUGAACACAUUUACAAAGACCUUCACCUCCAGAAACCAAUGACACGUGUCUAGACAACCCAAAAAGACACACGCACACAUCUCUAACUACAUAACAUUUAUGGAAACCAUCCCCUCCUUGUAUUAGGAUGUCUUUUAACAAACUGGGAUGCUGACCCAGAUUGAUAUGAGGGAUGAAAACUAUGAGAAAUUAUCUAAAUCUUCUCUGAUGUCCACCGUACCUAGUGACGUUUUCUGUCCUAAGAGUAUCUUGGAAGAUGCACUCCGUGCUUUGUAGAAUGGCACAGAUUGUUUUGUGCAAGUUGUUCUCAAGAGCUUGUAAAAUUCGAGGAUGACUUCCUUAGUUCUAAGUAAAUAAGAUGAUGAUUUUUGUCUGGCAGAACUCCAUCUGCGCUAUACGCCGCAGUGUCUGAAUCUGAAUUUGCCCACGCUUGUUGACGCUCUUGACAGUAAUUUGUCAUUCUGAGUAGUGGAGUAUUAUGGUUGAUCAUAUCCACCCAUUACCUACUCAGAAGAACCCUAGGGUUCAGCGAGAACAAAACUGGGGUUUGGCCACGAUUUGCCCAUUGGGUGGCAAAAGCACUUGGAGCCACCCAAAGGGUAUCGCUGAACAGGGGUCAGGACCCUGUAGUAUCGGAUGCUUGAGGGAAGAGAGCAUGUCGCUUACUCCCAUAGAGGACACUGUGCUGGAGG